CGUGGGAAGUACCUAAAAACAAACAAAGUCAUACAAUUCAAUUGAAUGACUCCUCUCUACUAUUGCUUCUUCUCUUCUCUCUCACGUUGCCACCCCAUCAAGAAAGACAUCUCUUUCUCUCUCUCUCUCUCCCAUGUUCAUUCAUUCAAUGUGAUACCAUUGAUAUUAUUACAAUCGGUUGAGCCUUAAACAACCCAUUUGGAAAUUUCCGAUUUUUAUGGAGUAUAUUGGAUAACGGUGGACAGAUUGAUGACUUACACAAACUAAAACCAUUUCUUGUUUUCGUUUUCUUCUAGAUUUGGUACUUUUUGUCUGGCAAUUAGUUUGUUGAGUACUUCACAAUAACACAUUGUUAUUGAUUGAUUGUUUGUUCCUUUUUUUUGCAAAUAAGUACUUUUAAGCUUUUUAAAUAAGAGAUACAUUUUGUAUCUGCAUAUUUGUUUCUCUAUCUUUUUAUGUAUUGGUGAUUGAUUGAUUAAUUGAUUAAUUGAUUGAUCGAUCAAUUUACCAAGAUGUCGAAAUUCGAGGGUGUUAUUGUAUCUGAUCAAUGGCUUCAAAGCCAGUUUACACAAGUUGAACUUCGUAGCCUUAAAUCAAAAUUUGUGACUUUUAAAAAUCAGAAGGGUAAAGUUACAUUUGGAGAUUUAGCAUCUUUGAUGAUGAAGCUUAAGACAUUUGUAGAUAUGUAUAAGGAAGAUGAGAUUAAGGGGAUCUUGAAUGAGUCAGAGUCAGAUAAUGACUUUACCAAUGAUGUUGAUUUUGAAGCCUUCUUAAGAACUUAUCUGAAUUUGCGAAGCCAAGCUACAACGAAACAAGGUGGAGUGAAGCACUCCUCAUCAUUCCUUAAGGAAACCAUAACUACCCUUCUUCACACGAUCAGCGGAUCAGAAAAGGCAUUUUAUGUUGCUCACAUAAACAGCUUCCUCGGUGAUGAUCCAUUUCUGAGUCAAUAUCUUCCUCUGGAUCCAGCUACGAAUGAUCUAUUUAAUCUUUCAAAAGAUGGCAUUCUUCUGUGUAAGCUUAUCAACGUCGCCGUGCCUGGGACUAUAGAUGAGCGAGCCAUCAAUGUGAAACGAAAUCUUACUCUUUGGGAGAGAAAUGAGAACCAUACUUUAUGCCUCAAUUCAGCUAAGGCUAUUGGCUGCACAGUAGUUAACAUUGGCGCGCAGGACUUAGUUGAAGGAAGACCUCAUCUUGUUCUAGGGUUGAUUUCUCAAAUCAUAAAGAUCCAACUGUUGGCUGAUCUCAACCUUAAGAAGACACCUCAGCUUGUGGAAUUGGUCGAUGAUAGCCAAGAUAUUGAAGAGCUUCUCAAUUUGUCUCCCGAAAAGGUUCUACUAAAAUGGAUGAAUUUUCAUCUCCAGAGAGGAGGUUACCAGAAAACUGUCAAGAAUUUUUCUUCUGAUUUGAAGGAUGCAGAAGCUUAUGCAUAUCUUCUUAAUGUUGUUGCUCCGGAGCAUUGCGAUCCAGCCACCUUGGAUACUAAAGAUUCAUAUGAACGAGCAAAUCUUGUGCUUGAACAUGCAGAGAGAAUGGGCUGCAAAAGAUACUUGACCCCGAGAGACAUUACCGAGGGUACCUCAAAUCUUAAUCUUGCAUUUGUCGCACAAUUAUUUCAUCACAGGAGUGGCCUAUCGACAGAUACUAAAAAGAUGUCAUACGCUGAGAUGAUGACAGAAGAUGUGCAAACAUGUAGAGAAGAGAGAUGUUUUAGGAUGUGGAUCAAUAGUCUUGGAAUUUCUACUCGUGUAAAUAAUCUAUUUGAGGAUGUCAGAAAUGGAUGGAUACUUCUAGAAGUUCUAGACAAGAUUUUUCCAGGAUCAGUUAACUGGAAACAGGCAACAAGACCUCCGAUUAGAAUGCCCUUCAGAAAAGUAGAGAAUUGCAAUCAGGUCAUAAAAAUCGGAAAACAACUGAAAUUCUCACUAGUCAAUGUAGCUGGCAAUGAUAUUGUGCAAGGAAAUAAGAAGCUUAUUCUUGCUUUAUUGUGGCAGUUGAUGAGAUUCACAAUGCUUCAACUGUUAAGAAAUUUGAGAUCUCAUUCCCAAGGAAAGGAGAUUAGUGAUGCUGAUAUCUUGAAAUGGGCAAACAGAAAAGUGAAUAGCAUUGGCAGAAAUUCUCAAAUUCAUAGUUUCAAGGAUAAGAGCUUAUCAAGUGGACUCUUUUUCCUUGAGCUUCUGAGUGCUGUAGAGCCGAGGGUUGUCAAUUGGAACCUAGUCACCAAGGGUGAAAGUGACGACGAGAAGAAGUUGAAUGCCACAUACAUAAUCAGUGUCGCACGAAAGCUCGGUUGUUCCAUAUAUUUGCUACCUGAGGAUAUUAUGGAGGUUAAUCAGAAGAUGAUUCUGACUCUAGCAGCCAGUAUAAUGUAUUGGAGUCUUCAACAACAAACAGAAGAUGCAGAUUCAUUUCCUUCACCUGCUAGCACUCUCACUAACGUAACACCCGAAGCUUCACCUGCCCCUUCCGUUUGCGGCGAAGAUGAAAGCUAUUCAUCUCUUAACGGUGACUUCUCCAACUUGAGUGUUGAUGAUACCACUUCUGAUACAACGGUCUCUUCGCAACUCGAGAUUGAUGGUGUUGUUCUCGAUGAGUUAUUUUGAGCUCAGUUUACAAGAUUUUCAUUUCACCACAUGCAUGAGAUAAUGUUUUUGUUAGAGCAAGAAUGAAUGAAUAUAUAGCAAAGGUUGAGAAAAACAUCAACCUAACAUGCUAAGGAUGUUACAUGUGUAAUGAAUGUAUAAACCUAUAGAAUAGAUGUGAAUAGUAUGUACAAAAAUUUAUUUUGUUCUUUUUAUGUAGGUUUCAGUUCCACUA